AGGAAACUCGGAAAUGUCCAACUUGCUAACAGACUGGCCCCAGUUAUACUCGUGUCGUGUACACCAGUUAUCGAGUAAAAAAGUCCAAGUUUCCGAGGUCAGACUAUCCUUGAACGCGUCACUAAUAUAAAACGAAAUACUGUAGCGCCUGCUUGGUUGUGUAAAGUGACGUAAAAUCAGAGGAAGUGCUUGUUAUUUCUUUUCUUUUUUGGUAGGGAGGGGUUUAUUUUAGUUGCCUAAGUAAAGACUUAGCUAUGCUCAGAACUACUGUCGUUAUACAUUAAUUAAAAUGUAGCCGUUGUAAUACAUUUAAAAAGGAUUAGCAAAGUUUAUUAUAUUCAAGAGAACACAGCAAGGGAAGGAACAUUAAAGCGGAACAACCUCAGGACCAAAGCCAGCUGCAAGAAAAAUACAACCAUUGUAUAACUGCUCCACUGUUUAUAUCUCCUCGUUCUAACCAGUAAAUCAUUCAUUAAGACAUAAACAAACUGACACAUGCAACAAUGUCCAUGGCCCUGAAGCAAGUCUUCAACAAGGAGAGGACAUUCCGUCCGAAGCGUAAGUUUGAGCCCGGGACACAGCGCUUUGAGCUGCACAAGAAGGCCCAGGCGUCUCUGAAUGCAGGCCUGGACCUGAAGCAGGCGGUGGCGUUGCCCCAUGGAGAGGACCUGAAUGACUGGGUGGCUGUUCACGUGGUGGACUUCUUCAACCGCAUCAACCUCAUCUACGGCACCAUCAGUGACUCCUGCACCGACCAGACCUGCCCCGUCAUGUCCGGAGGGCCCAAGUACGAGUACCGCUGGCAGGACGAGCACAAGUACAAGAAGCCCACAGCCGUUCCAGCCCCAAAAUACAUGAGCCUGCUGAUGGACUGGAUUGAAGUACAGAUCAACAACGAGCACAUCUUCCCCACCAACGUCGGUACUCCCUUCCCAAAGACCUUCAUGCAGGUAGCUAAGAAGAUUUUGUCUCGCCUGUUCCGUGUGUUCGUCCACGUCUACAUCCAUCACUUUGAUCGUGUGAACCAGAUGGGUGCAGAGGCCCACGUCAACACCUGUUACAAGCACUUCUAUUACUUUGUAACGGAGUUUAACCUCACAGACCACAAGGAGCUCGAGCCACUGAAAGAGAUGACAUCACAGAUGUGCCACUAAGGGAGCACCACUGACCACUUGACAAAUUCCAGCUUGAAGACUAGUUCCGUCCAUAUAGAAGACUGAAACAGGAAACCAAAUCUAAAAUAGUCUUUAUUUUUAUAAACAAGUAUCUUGUAAACAUUAUCUUUUUUAGCCAUGUAGGUUUGUUUAACCAGGAACCUUGUAAGGCAUUCUCUUCAUUUUAAUGUUUAGAAAUUGAGCACAGUAUUAAGAGAUUUUACUUUUUUUUAAUUUGAAGUUGAAUCAAUCCUGUAAUUUAGUUAUUGGUCUUUUCUCUAAAAUGAAUAUAUGUUUGUUUGUACAUAUCUAAGAUUGUAGUAUGUGGAGACAUUAAAUGUACUCAGUGUUCCUGCUCUAAA